CACACACACACACACACACUUAUACACCGAAACCCUCUCCAACCCAGUUUCUGAAAGUGUGUUUUAUUAUUCCUGCAGUGUUUGUUCAAAAGUUUUGACAAGUUGUGUUGUUUUGACCGAAUAAAGUAACCACAUGCAGCCAGAAGUCUUACGUCACAAGUGUAGCACUGAGAAGUCGGUGCCACGGAGGAUCACCUGAAGGCAGCAUCAGCCUUCAACCCUCUUUCUCUCGCCUUACAUAAUGCAUUUGGAAAACCCGCCCACUUUCUCAGACUGCAAAUAAGGCCGCAGACAGAAGGUGCUGCACAGUUUGAGCUUCAACCAAGUGAAUGAAAGUCAUCUGCAGUUUGAAAACCCACUUCAGGACACUUUAAUAUACUGCGGAACAAGAAUAAAGGAGUCAAUAGAGGACUUGCACAACCUGGAAAAAUGAUUUUCGAUAAGUUGAAAAAGUUUGACAUCAUCUUCGACUCUCCGGAGGAGGACUGUCCUCCGGUGUUCAGCAGCGGGGACGUGGUGUCCGGCCGGGUGGUGGUGGACCUGUCCGGGGAGAGUCGGGUGGACUCCCUGAAGCUCCACGCUGAGGGAUUCGCUAAAGUGCACUGGACUGAGUCCCGGUCCGCCGGCUCCAGCACCGCAUACACCCAGAACUACAGCGACGAGGUGGAAUACCUGAACCGGAAAGAGGUGCUGCUGCAGGCAGAUAAUGGUGAAGUAUCCGUCCUCCCUGCAGGCAGACAUGAAUUUCCAUUUAGCUUCCAGCUGCCUGAGGAGACGCUGGUCACCUCCUUUGAGGGGAAACACGGCAGCAUCCGCUACUGGGUCAAAGUUAAGCUACACAGGCCGUGGGCCACCGUCAGGAAGAUCAAAAAGGAGUUCACAGUUAUCGAGCCCAUUGACAUCAACACACCGGCCUUCUUGGCGCCACAGGCUGGAACGAAAGACAAGAUGGCACGGACAUGGUACCGCAACUUUGGACAGGUGUCUGUAACUGCAAAGAUCGACCGCAAAGGCUACACACCAGGUGAGGUGAUACCUGUCUUUGCGGAGUUCGACAACUCGACCUCCAGAUCAGUUGAGCCCAAAGCCUACAUCACUCAGACACAGACGUUCAUCGCCCGCGGCACCAUGAAGCAGAAGCGUGCGGUGGUGGGCACACUGUCUGGUGAUAUUGUGGGGGCCAGAUGCAGGGAGACGUGGCACGGUCGCGCCAUUAAGAUCCCACCUGUGGGUCCCUCCAUCCUGCAGUGCCGCAUCAUCAAAGUGGAGUACAUGCUCAAGAUUUGUGUUGACGUUCCUGGAACGUCCAAGCUGUGUCUGGAGUUGCCACUGGUCAUAGGAACCAUCCCUCUCCAUCCCUUCGGCAGCCGGACCUCCAGCGUCAGCAGCCAAUACAGCGUCAACCUGGAGUGGCUGCGCAUGGCCAUCCCUGAGCAGCCUGAACCUCCUCCAGAUUACAGCUCUGUGGUGACCGAGGAGGAGGCCGAGCAGUGCAACAAUGCGGUGGUCCUGCAGCCCGCCGAAGAUCUGAGUGGGAUCCUGGAGCGCCCCCUCAUGGCAUUUCUUCAAGAGUUUCGCUUCCGACCGCCGCCCGUGUACAGCGAGGUCGACCCCAACCCUCAGCCCUUAAACAUGAGACCUCGCUGCAUGACGUGUUGAACCAUGAGUCCCGCCUGUGCGUCAAUCAACUUAACUUAAAGAAACAAAUCAAGAGAUUUGUCUUCUCUUGGAUUACUUCUCUCCAAUAAAUGGCACCUGGUUCCACGGAGUGUCACGGAUAGGGACUGGAGCGCCACGGAGAGUUCAGGAGACGGAGCUCACAGGAACUCGAUGUCAGUGGAGAAGCCGCCACUUUGUUUCCAAUCCAUGAAAAAAAGUGGACUCUUUCCUGUUCUGUUACGAGGAAAGUAGCAUCUCCACAUCAGUUCCUGUCCACCACAAGUGACUUUUUUUGGCUCCUUUUUAUGAAGUGAGUUACAAAUAUCUCACAAUCAACAAUUCCCUCAUAUGAAGUGAAUUUUGAGAUUUAAGGAGUUUAGGACAUAUUGGGGGUGAAAGAUCACUUGAUAUGUGUUAGGUGGAGAGUUGAAGUUGCACCUAGUGUAUAAAAAAGCACUCUGGAGAAGCUGACAUAUAUUUAGAAGUACGUUGUCAUGAUUGACUAGCGUAAAACGGUGUAAUCUUAACUUUACAACUCUUCUUGUCCUGGCAACACAGUAGAUUUUAACAACCUACAUUGCAUCGUGUGACCAAGGAGCAGUGUGCCUGCGAUGAUUUCUACUAUUAGUUAAGCAAAUACUGUAUCAUGUGAUGGUGGAGCAGACAAGUCAAGUAAGCAGAUGUACUUUAUGCAUGCAGGUCACAAUAUGAAAAAGGGAAAAAUACACAUGACGUAAUUAUCUGCAGUUGAAGAUUGCAUGAGUUUCAUGGAGUCCUCUCAUAGAGCUGAAUGUAUUCUGCGAAAACUCAAAAAUGGUUUGCUUGUAUGUGGAUGGAUUCCGUGAGGUGUGUCGAGGCUUAAGGCACUGAAGAUAGACGGCAGAUUGUUAGCUGUCAGAUAGCUGUGGUGGUUGAUUCUAGCACAGCGUUGAAAUAGAAUGAGCAUUUUGUGUAUAAAGUUGCACGAGGCUCUUAGAUUAGCUGGCCCAGCUGCUAAACAAAAGGCGGAGGAGGAGAUGGAGACCUCUGAGCCACGUGUUCUGAAGCUUUUGAUGGGAGCCAGAUGCCUCUGUGCUGUGGGGCGCUUUGUGACGCUCCACCAGAACACAGAGCUCAGCAGUCAAGUCGAGCCUUAAACUGGAGAUGCCACUGAAAUGUAUGGACAAAGAACAUUCCAAAAACUCAAGGAUUAUUUGUUCUCCUCUACUUCCAAAAAGACUGUAGGAGUCUGAAAGAAGACUUCCUGGUUAGCUGUGUAACUUAAGUGCCAUGCACUGAAAAAACAAAUCUAUUUUUUUAUACAAUUGUAGAUUCACAAUCUUCUCAAAGUUUUGUAAUCUUUUUUUUCUAAUAAAAAAAUUGUCUUCGGUG